GUGUGUCGAGUCUUCACUAUAGCCAUAUCAAGUAAUUCUGAGUGUGGCUGAAAAUAAUUAAAGAAUGCUGCUUCAUUUACCUAGCUAAUUUGGAGGAUAGCGAUCGUCGUAGUACAAUAACAAAUACAGUAGUAGUACAACAUUCAAUAUUCAACACCAUCUACUUCAAUCAUAUUUAAUUGAAUCAAAAAGUUGGAAAUUUUUCGCCGAAAAAAUGAGUAAAAACGAACAUAAAAACCACAACGACAUGGUAGUAACUGGAACGUCCGAAGAAUCGCUACGGCCAAUUCCCGACUUGAAUAUUGAUUGUUUGGAGGAACUUUUUGAGUGGAUUUCGUUGGCCGAUUUGUUUGUAAUCCGUCGAACGUGCAAACGAUUCAAGCAAGCUGUGGAUUAUUACAUCAAAACCUACUACCCGGCGGUUGGAAAAAUCGAAAUUUCAGACAAAAACUUCGCACAGUUCCAACGCAUUGAGUCCAAUUGUAUCAAAUUGAUCAAGGGAAUUCGUUUUUCAAUCAAAGGCCCUGUCAUUGCAGACCAAAUGGAACAUCUCAAAGAAUGUUUCAACCAAGUGGAAGACAUUCGAAUAACCAAUUUGAAAUUUCAUGGCGAUUUUUACGAGGAUUUUCUUAAAUUUUGUCCAAAAUUAAAAUAUUUAUCCGUGCAAUACUGCGAUAAAUUGAAAAUUGGCACCGGAAAUAAGUGGCUCACUCAACAUUAUCCCACACUUCAACACAUUCAUUUUGAUGACAAAAUAUAUGGUGCAGAGGAAAUUUCUGAGCUGAAGACGUUUUUCAAGCUAAAUCCACAAAUCCGAACUUUAUCGUCCACCAUUUACUUUCUGCUGAAGCAUACGAACUUAUUUUGUGGUGCGAACAUACACUUUGAUUAUCUGAUCGUCAGUGUUAGUGGCUAUUUCGAAGAUGAAAUGACUUGUGUUUGUAACUUGUUGAAUAGGCUACAUCGGUAUGGAUUUUACAAGCACGUAAAUAUCCGAGGUUUAUUCUAUUCCUCUGACCAAGAGGAAAUCGACCUAUUAGGAAGUGUUCCCGCAUUGGAAAAACUGUUCAUGUUUAACAGAGAAGCGGCUAUACCUCAUUUGCCAGAUUUGAAGGAGCUUCGGUUCACUUUAAGUGGAAUACCAUCAGAAUUGGAAGCCGCCACAAGCAACCUCAAGAAUAUCGAACGCAUUUAUUUUGAAAAAGCACCGUUUGAUAGCGUUCUACUGAUCGUUCAACAUUUUCCGAAAGUAAAACUAAUGAAAGUCGAUGACAUAGUGGUGGAUGGAAUGCAUUUUAAGAAAAACGUUAUUGAUCUUAAGGCAAUCAACAAUGAACGCCGAAAAUUGAAUGGCGCAUGCAAAAUGACCAUUUACGUGAAGGACACAAUUUAUUUGGCCACGAAAUAUGCAACAACGAACACACAGCUUAGUUUAAUCGCACUGAAACGAUCUGAAACACACGAAUGGGAACAUGAUUAUUAUUAAAAAUUUGGAUUUUGAUGGAAUGUGUAAAUUUAUAAGUAAAAUUGCUGUAUUAUACCAACUUAUUUUCAGAAAUUUUAACAUUUUUUAUAAUAAAACGAUCAAUCAUUUGCAAUCGA